CGAGGUGAGGCUAAGAUGAGCAUAACCAGCGACGAGGUGAACUUCCUGGUGUAUCGCUACCUCCAGGAGUCAGGUUUUUCCCACUCGGCGUUCACGUUCGGUAUUGAGAGCCACAUCAGCCAGUCCAACAUCAAUGGGACGCUAGUGCCGCCAGCUGCCCUCAUCUCCAUCCUGCAGAAGGGACUUCAGUAUGUGGAGGCCGAGAUCAGCAUCAACGAGGAUGGCACGGUGUUCGACGGCCGCCCCAUAGAGUCCCUGUCCCUGAUCGACGCGGUGAUGCCUGACGUGGUGCAGACGCGGCAGCAGGCCUUCCGGGAGAAGCUCGCUCAGCAGCAGGCCAGUGCGGCGGCCGCGGCUGCGGCGGCUGCGGCCGCGGCGGCCACGACGGCCACGGCGGCUCCGACAGCCGUUGCUCAGCAACAUCCACCAAAGAACGGAGAGGCCACGGUGAACGGGGAGGAGAACGGAGCCCACGCGAUAAAUAAUCAUUCGAAACCAAUGGAAAUAGACGGGGACGUUGAGAUUCCACCCAACAAAGCCACAGUCCUUCGGGGCCACGAGUCCGAGGUGUUCAUUUGUGCCUGGAACCCUGUCAGCGAUCUCCUAGCUUCAGGAUCCGGAGACUCAACGGCAAGGAUAUGGAACCUUAACGAGAACAGCAACGGGGGCUCCACGCAGCUCGUGUUGAGGCACUGUAUACGAGAAGGGGGCCACGACGUCCCCAGUAAUAAAGACGUGACCUCCCUGGACUGGAACAGCGACGGGACGCUGUUGGCCACAGGCUCCUAUGAUGGUUUUGCGAGAAUAUGGACGGAAGAUGGCAACCUGGCCAGCACCUUAGGGCAACACAAAGGCCCCAUCUUUGCCUUGAAAUGGAACAAGAAGGGGAAUUACAUUUUGAGUGCUGGUGUAGACAAAACAACAAUUAUUUGGGACGCCCACACAGGAGAAGCCAAACAACAGUUUCCGUUUCAUUCCGCCCCCGCUCUCGACGUAGACUGGCAGAACAACACUACCUUUGCCUCCUGUAGCACAGACAUGUGUAUUCACGUCUGCAGACUGGGCUGCGACCGCCCCGUCAAAACCUUCCAAGGACACACGAACGAGGUGAACGCCAUCAAAUGGGAUCCUUCUGGAAUGCUGCUAGCGUCCUGCUCUGAUGACAUGACAUUAAAGAUCUGGAGUAUGAAGCAGGAUACGUGUGUCCAUGACCUUCAGGCCCACAGCAAAGAGAUCUACACCAUAAAGUGGAGUCCCACCGGGCCAGCCACCAGCAACCCAAAUUCCAACAUCAUGCUAGCAAGCGCUUCAUUCGAUUCUACGGUCCGACUGUGGGAUGUGGAGCGAGGCGUCUGUGUCCACACGCUAACCAAGCAUCAGGAGCCUGUCUACAGCGUAGCUUUUAGCCCUGACGGGAAAUAUUUGGCCAGUGGCUCCUUCGAUAAGUGCGUGCAUAUCUGGAAUACUCAGAGUGGAAGUCUUGUCCACAGCUACCGAGGCACUGGCGGCAUCUUCGAGGUGUGCUGGAAUGCCCGAGGGGACAAAGUGGGUGCCAGCGCGUCCGAUGGCUCUGUGUGUGUUUUAGAUCUCCGAAAGUAAACACAAACUAUUCUAGAAGAGAAUUCUAAUGGACCAGCAGUGAAUGUGUGAAGCAGCAAUGCUCCGACACCGUUCUUUCCGCUCCAAAACUGUACGAACUUGACUUGCAUUAGAGUGUACUUGGAAAUCAGUUCAUCCUGGCCACAGGAGUCUCUACUUUCUCGUAAUCUUCAUCAAGAAGUUUAAACCAGAAACAUACACAGUCAUAUCAAAGGGGGAAGGAAUGGUUUCCACCCAGAACAUUCAGCCUGGGAAGCAUGGAGCCACCGGCUAGGCGGGGCACGGUUUGCUUUCCAUCCAGAACAGGCUCUGAUAGUUGAGAGGAGAAAAGACGAAGAGGAGAAAAAAGAAAACAAAAAAAGCUGUGCCAAAAAAGAAAAAAGAAAAG